UGUUUUUUUUGUGAAAUCGGGAAAAUCAAACGCGAGGUGCUUACACAACAUUGUUUCAGCAGCAGUGAAUUUUGAAAAUUCCCUAUUUUAAAAGCUAACUUCAAUCGAUUGCAUCCAGCAAAAUGUCAUCCCGGUUGCUGGAUUCCUUCGCCAAUCAGCGGAUAGUACAGAACUACUUCCGGUCCGCGUUUGCCCGCUGCUAUUCGUCAAAAACUGUUGCCGCUACCACGGCUGGCGACGGAUCCCGUGUCGGCACCGAAAAGGAGCUCGAUGAUCCGCUGGCGGCCGCCGAGGAACUUCCGGUAACCUUCAUUGAGGACGAGGAUCUGCAAGCAGAACGAGAAGCGCGUAUCGAACUGGCCCGAAAUAAGUCCCGCCUUUCGCCGGCUCAUCGGAACAUGCUUCACAGUCGGCUCCCGUACGAGGAACCCCAGUCCUGGAUUCACGAAACGAUCAAGUACAAGCGGACGAUGCUGGGCCGGUACGGAAUCGAGGGCAGCCGAGUGGACCCAAGAAUCUGCUUCCCGACCAAAAAAGAAACGAUCGAAAAGGUGGAAUAUGAACGGGUAGCUUUCCCACAUACACUACAAGAAAUGAUGGAAAUGAAUCGAAAGGCCCGGACAGAGAAACAGGCCAAGAUUCGAGCUCGGGAGGAAGAAAUCGGAAAGAAAAUGGACAAACUGGAACACUGGAUUGCGGAUUUGAACGCACGCAAUGCUAAAAAGGAAUCUGAAGCUCGGGUAGCUAAGGAACGGAAAGAUCGGCUGGUGGAGGAAGUUCGGCGGCACUUUGGCUUCAAGGUGGAUCCUAGGGAUGAACGAUUCCAGGAAAUGUUGGCCCAGAAGGAGAAGGAAGAUCGCAAGAAGGUCAAGGAAGCCAAGAGAAAGGAAAAGGAGGAGAAGAUGAUGGAAAAGCUGAAGAAAAAGACGGCGGAACUGGAAGACGGAUCGGUUCCGGCAGAGGAAGUUGAGAGUAAAUGAACGAAAUAUAGGAACCUGUUGAAGUACUAAA